UACUACUCACUCAGAUACUGUUUCUCAUGGUAUGUGUCUAAUUGUUCACUAAGCCAACCAUCACUGAGCCAUGUGUCAACAAGCCAUGUGUUAGCUCCGGAACCAUCUGAACAGACAAGCGGUUCACAUUUCGUAUCCUUAGAGGUCCAGUCACAACCAGAAGAGUCAGAAGCAGUCACUCCACAUACAACUGGUACUACAUCUGAAAAUGGUGAAAAUGGUGAAAGUCAACCAUCUGAUGUUGGAUCUCAAAUUGAAGCUCCAGGCAAUGGACACAAACAACACAAUGGACUAGAUACUGGACACACAGGCUUUAAUAACGUGAUGGAGGGCACAACACAAACAGACUCAAUAGGGGGCUUUGAGUCUUUUGGCACAAGUUUUAGUCCUGAAAGUUCGGGCAUAAAAGAUCAAACCAGUCAUGACUUCCUCAUUGGUUUAAUGGGAGGCAUGGGGGAUAGCUUUGCUCCAGAUCCCUACACUGAUACUAUAGCAGAUCACAUGGGACUUGCUUUUCACGUAGAGUCAACAGGAUUUGUGCUGGAUCCAGGACCAUCAGUAAGCAGCAGUUCAGCUCCACCAGAUCAUUUAGGUCCUCAUUUCUCUGUGGGUACCGGACUGGACACUUCAGUUCUUUCCACUGUAACCUCUGAUAGUACUGGUGCACUGUUUGGCUUACAUGGAGAUAUGACAGAUGGUGCUAAUGACAAUGGUGCUGAUUUACCUGACAUAAAUGGAAAUGGACGUCACAGACCAGUGAUGGACAUACACAAAGGUGAUCUUUCUGGGACCACCGUUCACCUUUAUACAAGUGAACCACUUGGACUUGACACACACACAGACUCAACUGGAAUCUUGGAUAUAAAGGAUCCCACUUUUAGCCCCUACACCAAAAUCACCAUGGGUGCUACAUCUACAGAUGUGAGAACAUACACCAAUAUCACCACGGAUGCUGCAGUUACAGAUCUGAGAACACAAACAGACAUGACAGGUUUAGCAGGGGAUCAAGAGAACAAUGGACAUCGUCAAAUGGCUGUAAUAGCCAUGGGUGAGGCUGUCUACAGUACAAGUUCUCCAAGUACAUUAGGCACUGAAAGGACUGGUGUAACUGAAGGAAUCUCAAAUCAUACAGCUUGUCUUUCUCAAAAGCAGAUUCUAUGCUUGAGAUUAGGACUGGAUAUACAGAUGCCCCACAGACACAUACUAGCAUGGUUCAGACAAAGCUCCCAGUCACAGGGGAACCGAUUCCAGCCACAUCACAGACACAUGCCAUGGGCACAGCUUCAGCUGAACCUCAAGGGACUUUCAGGGGUCAAAGCCAACAUGGUGCUACGGAGCAGACACAACCAGCUGUUCCAGCAGGUGAACAGUACCACACAUCUGGUCAGGGUCCUGAAGGUGCAGAAAAUGUGGAACUGGAAGAUACCUGCUGACUUUCACAUGAAGCCACGUGUGAGAUUCCUGCGCUACAGAUUUCAGUGUACGGAUCAGUCGUUCUGGCAGAGGAGCAAGAACCCCAGCCAUUAGCUAUAGAAUGAAUACUUUUGUCUUUUGUUUUCAUGUUUAACUAUUUAAACAUUGAGAUUAAACAUAUUUAAUUGCACCUUUUUUUUCAUUCCAAGAACCCCAUAAAUAUUUCAUUGAUAUAAUGGAGAGAGAAAACUCUCUGGAAAUAAAGUAAUAUUAAAUGUCACCCCUUAAAAUGGGUGUUUUAAAGCAUAGAACAAUGCAACACGUAUUUUCCCAACCUGCUGUCAUGCUGUACUUUCAUGCAUGAGCAAUACUCUUUACAAGUGCCACCUUUGUAUAU